AUGGCACUGCCAAGUCUAUCCUUUAUUGCAGGUGUCGCGGUCCUGCUUUACCUGUCGACCUUCGUUAUCUUCGCCCUCUUUCGUAUCAUUACCGGCAUUUCCAUUCAGAGGAUUGGCUGGUCGGGCUUGCGCCGUAUACAUUUCUCACCUACAGAAGGAUUGAGGGUUGAUAUCCGUGGAUUGGGUUUUACUCUCCAUCGACCUACCUUUGCUCAGCCCACAUGGAUAAGCAUCGAGUUGACACAAUUGGAGCUCUCGGUGGACUUGAAACUACUGGGCGGAAAAAACGAACAAAACUCUGGUGCGGACUCAGAGACUCCUUCACCGAACGGAAAGCCAUCUCAUGGAGCUGUCAAGCGCAAGCUUCAGAGAAGUCGGACGUGGGAGCGGUUGACACUGGCGAAGGAGAAGAUAAAAAGGCUCCACCGCAAGAUCAACUGGGUUCGCGUGGCGGACUUGGUGGUAAAGAACUUAUCAAUCAACAUAAUCGAUGUAGGCACAAUCCAGGUCGCCAGCUUGUCCGUCGCUGUGGACGUCCGGCGCAAGACAGUGGAUAGAACUCGGCUGUUUCUGCACCGCAAGGCUUCGUCAAAGGACCAACGCCCUGCGGAAUGGAUUUUCACGGCCCGAAGCAUACUAUUCAUCCCAGAAGGCAAAGACUCUACCGAGAUCUUGGAUCAUUGCACCCUCAACGUACAUGGUUUGCUCUACAAGGAUCUUGAGGGUCUCAGAGACGCCUCUAUCGCACUGAAACUUGGCCGACUAAGUGUCCCGUACGAUGACUUGGAAACAAGCUUACGCCGGAUCAAGAACUGCAGGAGAGCCUACAGUAAAGCAGACGUUGAGAAAGGCGACAUUGAAAUCUCCUUAGCGGAUGUCAUGGAGGAGCUGGAUAGGCCUGGUAGCCGAGAGGAGAGCAUCAUACAGACCGUUUCCGACUCGAAAGAGUUCUUAAGCUCCAUACUGAGAGGUAUACAAGAAAUUCAAUUUGCGGUGGGCUUCUUUGGGCUGUCGAAGCGCGUUCGCCUCGCACAACCUUCGGUCAAUCCAAUAUAUCUGAAUGUGUCUAUGAAAGAAGUCGGCCUCGAUCUCCUACGCCUUGAUCCAAAAAGCCCGGCCCAUUUGAUGUACUUCUCGCCCACCGAUGUAGCACACCAAGCACUGAUCGCAGCGAUCUCCGUGUCUGUGGGCAUCAACGAUGGGGAAGACCGCCCAGAGAGACUGCUCUACGUACCCAUGGCAACAACGACGGUCAAAACCACUCUACCGUCCAAGACCAUCCAGCUUGAAGAAGACAAGAGCUCCGCAGAGCGGAACACAAACAUGCUCUUCGCGAAUCUCGUCGUCACCUCCCCUUCGUUGGAUCUCGACCCCAAACACUUACCUAUGCUUCUCGCUCUUCUGCAGAGUCGACAGAGUAACGAGGCUCGGAUGGACGCUCCGCACACAAGGCGUCACAUCAUGUCACGACUGUUACCGAAAGCAAGCAUCAAAACGACAAUCCAUGAGCCUGUGAUCAGAGUAGCUCUUCCGCCGAUGGAAAGCGACAAGAUCGGGACCGGUGAAUUUGAUCUUCUGAUAUCCGCCACGUCCUCUAUCUCAUUCGAUACUGAGUCGUCCCAUUCGGCAGACGGCGAGCUUCAUUACGCCGUUGCCUCGAACUUGCGGAUCUCGUCUCAUCAGUUUUACUACCAGACUGCCUCUGGUAAUAAGUCCAACCUCCUUGCCAUGGACAGUCUCGAGUUCAAGAUCCAGCUUAGCGCAUCUCCAGAAGUGAUGGUGUUUGCAACUGCAAACUUCCAGACCCUCUCUGUAUACAUGAUACGUCCUGAGAUAAGCGAAGGCGUGCGCCAAAUCUUCGUUGAACUUAACAGCGAGCAUCCGACGGUGAAAAGUAAGGCUGUGGAGCACCAGCGGCCAAAGUUCCUCCGGCAGCUUCCUCAAUGGCUGGUGCACGUUCAAUUCCAGGGCUCAGACUUCAACUUCGAAGUGGCAAGUGUAGAUGCUGAGGUUUCCAAGCAUCCACGUGGCGCCGCGUUGCAUGUGGAGAGCUGGACUGCACAAUACAAAGCUCACAAGAGCGAUGAGACACGAACACGCCCGGUGCGGCGCCGAGCCAUGAGUCAGUCGAUCAGUCGCAACGAAGCAUUUAUAAGACCUGUCUCGCCUUCUCCAUCUCGAAAGCCGCAAGCCGAUGCAACCGAUGGCAGGCGCUUAGCAAUUCACGUCUCGGGCUUAGAGGGGUUCGUUAUUGAGUCAGCUGACGCGCUUGAGCCAGAACCAUUUCUUUCUCUCCCUAAAUUCGAAGUGGCCUUCACUACGUCCACCGAUCAGUAUGGUCCCAUCUUCCACAUCAACUCCUAUGCGAAAAGCCUAUACAUGCAAUAUUCGCUCUACAGACACUUUGCCAUUGGUGUGGCGAUAACCGUGUUGCGCAAGACGUUCCUCCCACAGAGGAAGCCGCGUGCUCCGCACUACAAAGUUGGCAUGAAUCAGAACCAGCUUCCCGUGGACGGGCCGAAAAAGCCAGUCAGACCCGGUGCUCUGCCUGAGCACCCUGAGAUAAGUACCUUCGACUUCAAGGCUGGGUUUAUCCAGGUCAAGGCUUCCAUGCCGUCCAAUCCUCAACUCAUGGUUCAAGCGCACGGUCUAGAAGCUGGCUCUCACCGUUGGGCAACUCCGUUCGCGAGGCUGCACCAAGCCAGGUUGUACGCAGAGCAUCCAAUGGUCAAACAAGCAUGGAGUCGAAUUGUCAGUGUCAAAGCUUUGCGCUUAGAUAUGCGACGGUCACGUCGGAGAUAUGGUACGAGUUUCAAUGAGGAAGAGUCCAUCGAUGUCGUCGCUGAUGCCAUCCGUAUCGCGGUGCCUCAUCAACUCGUUGUGCACAAAAUCUUCGACAACAUCACAAACACCGUGAAGACUGUUCAACAACUUCAUCAUCGAUUCCGUACGGAUUCAGAUGAAUACAUCCUUCAGAAGAGGCCAGUGGGUCCAAAGCGCGUGCCGAGGAUAUCGUUCCGCACUCAUGCAGUUCUCUUCGAGAUUGAGGAUGGCUCGUUUGAAUGGAAGCUUGGCGUCAUCUACAGAGUAGGUUUACUGGAACAGAAGCAAAGGCUGGCGCGAGAGGAAGCGUUUCGCUUAAAAGUGAAGAAGCUCCAAGAGUUAGACAACCGCCAGGAAGGCUCGUCGUUCAGGUCAAAAUCGGCACGUCUAGGACGAGAGCGACAUGGAUCUCGAAAAUCCGAUGCCAAUGAGAGGCGCAGUUACAGCGUCGAUCGGCUACGCGGCAGAUCAUCUCGUUCACGCAACCGCAGAGCAAGUGUCAAGAUGCGGUACGACAUCGACGGCACGUGCGAUAUCAGCGACAAUGCGAAGACUACAACCGAGCAAGCUUGGAAGAAACUGCAGUCACUCAACGCGCAGAGCUGGAAGAAGCGCAUUGAUCACGGGCUCAGCUUCCAGAGUCGCGCAAUGCACGAUAUCCGCUCCAUAUUUUGGGGAGUCGACGAGUUGCCCGACGACUAUGAACAGUCUGAGACAAUCCUUACCACGCCGAGACGGCCAGCGCUUAUGGCCGUGCUGAUCAGUGAUUUCAACCUUUUGAUUGACAAGCCUUCGUUUGCUCUCCACGACUAUCCGUUGUUCCUGGAAAGUGUCGGCAAAGGGAUGCCCGUUGACAUGCAGUACUCGCUGUUGAUUCCGAUGCACGUGCAGGUCAAUAUUGGAGAAGCUCGUAUAACCCUUCGAGACUACCCACUUCCAUUCCUCCAUGUUCCGUCCGUACGGCCAGGGCAGUCACCACGCCUCUCGGGGCUUUCAAUGCGGACCGACUUCGUCAUCGCAGAAGAAUACCGAGAUGACGAAUCAGCCAGAUUCGUCAGAGUAGACGUAGUCCCGCCCGAGAAACUCGACUCCGGAGAGAUAUUUGGAGGCUUCAGCGUGAAUGUCCGCCGCACGGUUUCACCAGUGAAGACGUACUCAAACAUGACUAUUGAUAUUAAUACAGCUUCUGCGACACAGAUCACCUGGGGGACUUCCUACCAACCAGCUAUUCAGGAAGCGAUGCAGGUUAUUGAGGGUUUUACGAAACCUGCCGUGGAUCCGUCUGAGCGUGUUGGGUUCUGGGACAAGAUUCGACUUAAUUUUCACUCACGGAUUAAGGUGGACUGGACAGGUGACGGAGAUGUCCACCUAAUACUAAAAGGUUGUUCGAGAGAUCCAUACAAGGUGACCGGCAACGGAGCUGGAUUCGUGAUGGUUUGGCGCAACAACGUUCAAUGGCAGAUUGCUCAAGACCCCAGCCCUCGAAAGUUCAUGACCGUAAAUAGCGGCACCUACGUGCUUGCAGUACCAGACCUCAGUCAUUAUGCCCGGCAGCCAAGAGUUGCCGACAUGUCAGACAGCGAGACCGCUUCUACCGCAUCGAGUUAUCAACAGACCGCAAUGUUCAAGAAGACUAUCAUGAAGCUCUCAGGCGACGUCCAAUGGCUAGUAGGCCUGGUUUUCGAGCGCAACGUUGACAAGACCACCCGCUCGUUCGACUUUGUGCCUCACUAUGAGGUGGUCUUCCGCAGGCCAGGGAGUGCAACAGAUUACGAUGCUUUUAGAGGUUUCCGCAGCCACCACAUACACUUGUCGCUUGCAAUUGCCGCUCCGGUUGGCAGGGACUGGUCUGCCUCAAACCUGCAAUCGGCUGCAAACUACAACAGCAUCCAUCUGACGCCCCGGUUCUUCAGUCACUUCUACAGCUGGUGGUCUCAAUUCUCAGGCGUCAUGUCUUUGCCCAUUCGCCAAGGAAAGUUAUGGCCGGGGAUAGAGAAGUCCAGCAAAAAGUUUGGCCGACAUCUAGCUACGAUUGAAUACAGCUUGCUCCUAUCACCACUGUAUAUGAGCCAUGUGUACAAGCACAAAGACGUUGAGGAGUAUGGCAAAGGUGUUGUAUCCGCGACUGGUCUCAAGCUCCGCUUGGAUAGCUUCAUGCUGGACCUGCAUCAACGGCGAGAGGAAUUCAGGACCCCAGUCAAAGGUAGCACCAGGCAAACUAAGACGAGUGGUAUGCGAAUCAACGAGGCUCAGCUCGACUUCAUAUCUGCGGAUAUACGAGCAGUCUCUGCUACGAUUGCAGGCACAGAGAUGUCGGAUAUAGAUGCCGCAACCGAUGACACCUUCGCAGCCUAUCAACAGGGCCUGCCAGCUGCAGACCUGUCCCGCUUCAGCAUCCCAGACAAUGACCUCUCCUGGGUUGAUAUGGACGAUUUCGUGGAGCUUGACUGGAUGUUACCUGCCGAAUCCAAUCCAGAAACAAGGAUCCUACCCUUGGCUUUCGCUCCUCGGUUUACAUACUUCCGCCAGACAGACCAUGAGGAUACAAUCUCAGGAGACCCCAGGAGGUCCAGUGCCUUCGGCAAGGAGCCUUCACACGACUGCAAGAUGUCUGCAAAUAACGACCCCCGGCGGGUUCAGCGUGAUCUUAUCGAGCAGAGACUCCGGCAAUUAGCGGAGCAGCUUGAGCACAAUCAGCGGAGCAUUGGCGAACAGGAACUCAAGGUAGUACGUGAUGCCGACGGGGAUGCACGUCUUCGUGAAGAGCUCGACGCCCUUCGGAAACAGAUGGAAACUUUGCAAAGAACACAAAGCUUUUUGCAAUCAAUGUUCAAGACUUUGACCAAAAAGCUGGAGACUGGCGACCGAGGUCCUGUGCCCGACCGUGAACUUGACAACGACUUUUACGCGGCUCGGAGAGAGAAUCGCCCAACUGACACUGGAGUGGAAGGCAUGGAUUCUUCACCCCUGGAAGACUACAUCAGCGAUUUCAACAACCGUUUUAUCGUGCACAAUGCGCAACUGAAAUGGAGUAACUCGCUUCGUAACAUUAUACUCCGAUACAUCCAUCAGGUCAGCCAAAGGCGCGGGUUUGUAUAUUACAUGUCUCGAAGAGCCGUCAAGUUCAUCUUGGACAUUGUGGAAGAACAGAGAAAAUCAAGGGUGGGCGUCAGGCCAGAGGACGAAGAGAUCGGCGCUAAGCCCGUACACACAGACUCUAUGGAGCGGGACGAUGAGCCGAGCGUCCAAGACCGGGUACAGCAGUUACUCGAUGACGGAAAGAAGUUCGUAACAGCUGAUGAUCCAGUGCGGAGAGAAUCUGAAAUGCAGUCCGCCGACAAGGCUGGAGAAGAUGUUUCGAAGGAGUUCACCCCACAGAAUACCUACUAUGUGCGUCUAGUAGCUCCACAGAUACAGCUUCAGAGUGAGAAGAACACCAAAGCGGUUGUGCUCGUCACCGCGAGGGGCAUACAGCUCAAAGUCAUACAAAUUAUGGAUAAAGACAGAGUCACAGACGAAGUCUCUGGGCUUGUACAGCGGCGUUUCUCUGCAGCCAUGGAGAGCUUGCAGAUGUAUGUUGCGAGCCAAACUACGUUCUCGAGCGCGUACCGCAACCUGCACCCGGGCAACCACUACGGGACACCAGCCGGAUCUGUGUGGCCACCUUGGGUUCCCUUCGAGGUGAUGUUCGACUUUGACCUCAAUCCCUAUGGCUUUCAGAUGGUCGUUGAGCGGACCUCUGCGACAUUGCGGUACGACAAAUACAACACACUUCGAUUGAAGUACAAUGACGAUGUGACUGGAGAUUCUGGUCAUAGACACAGCCCUGACAGCGUAGAAAGCCGGUUAGACCAUCUGUGGAUCAAUUUCCCGCAAGUCCGAGCCAUCUGCGAUUCUUCUCAGUACUACGCCAUGUAUAUCAUCGUGCUCGAUCUCUUGCUGUACAGCGAGCCAUUAGAGAAAACGCGGACUGAACGGCUCGAAAAGAUCAUGUUGGCCUCCGAUUUUAGCGAUCUCACUGGUGCGCCCGAGAUGGUCGUCAUGCUCCAAGAGAGGAUUCGACAGCUGGAAGAGAUCAAGGGGCACUUCCAAAUCAACGAACAGUACCUUGAUCGUCAAGGCUGGAAGGACCGAAUCAGCAUAGAGCAAGACUUGGCUCAUUGCGAGGAUGAACUCUUCUUCAUGAUGAAAGCAAUUACUACUUCGCAGCGCAAGAGCGACGACCGGACCCAGACAACGCAGUCAACGGGGUUGCUCCGCUGGUACAUCGCAGCAUCGGAGAUCGUCUGGCACUUGGUACGAGAGGGCAAUCAAUCCCUUGCGGAGUUCCAGCUUGUGAACGCCUUGUACGACCGGACUGACAACAAUGAUGGCUCGAAUUGGAAUUGCAUGGAGGUGGAACAUUUCAGAGGCUUUAACCUGUUGCCAAGCGCCCAGUAUCCCGAGAUGAUUGCGGCAUACUAUGCCAGCGAUCGGUCCUUCACCGAUGGGAAAGUCCUAACCAUGCUGAGGAUCCAAUGGUACAUGCUGGAAGCCAUUGCCGGUAUCCCCGUUAUGGAUCACUUCGAAGUCAACCUGUUCCCGCUGAAAGUACAGCUGGAGCGCGAGAUUGGCAAGCGCCUCUUUGAGUACAUUUUCCCAGGCAUGGGCUCGAAUUCUGGGGAGAAUGGUGGGUUUUCGCCUCUCAUGGUCAAGCACAUGUUGCCCUCACAUGAAGAAGAGCACGACUCGGACAUGGAUGAAAGCACAGAUGGUCGACCAACUCUGCGCACUCGCAACUUGGUGCACGAACCGACUCAGGGAAAGAAUUUGACCGUACCUAAUGACCUAGCUCAGAGGCUCAAGCCGACGUUGACCUUGCCCGACAAACGACGGCCUAAGCGUACGAGGUUGGAAGGCCGUGCAGAUUCCUCGCAUCACCUAAGACCCUGGAAAGACUACCACCGCAACAAAUCCAGUACCGACGUUGUUGGACCACUGCGUUCAGCGAGGAAGGACGCGUCGACCGAUAUCUUAAUAUCCAGCUCUAAAAUGCCAAAAAGCCGCUCUGCGACUAAUCUCUCCGCCAUGAACGGUAGCGAGACUGACAAGUCGAAGCGCUUUGCGCUCCAUCGGAACAAUAGCAACAGCGUAAUGAGCGGAGGUAAGGACACAGGAUCGGACGACCUCACUCAGAUGAUGAACCGUGCCUCGAACUACAUGACGCUAGCCUACGUCAAGAUCCCCAGCGUGGUCCUGUGCCUCAGCUACAAGGGGAAGGGCCAACGCAAUUUCGAAGACGUCCACGACUUGGUGUUCCGCAUGCCGACGCUCGAGUACCGCAACAAAACAUGGUCAAAUCUAGACCUGGCGCUGCAGCUCAAGAAGGACAUUAUCCGAGCCCUGAUCUCCCACGUCGGGGCUAUUGUGGGUAACAAGUUCUCCCACCACCGGCCGAGCAAGCAACAACAGAGUCGGCUGAGGCAGCUCGCCAGCUCAGCGGUUGUGCUGAAGGCAAGCCGCGACCCUUCCACCGCCGCAAGCGAGGCAAGCAGCAUUAUGGACCGCAGCCCGGGUGAGAACAGCUCGGAUUCCGAAGCGAGACCGUCAUUCGCUUCCGAACGAGAUAGCAUACUGAGUAGGACCAACUCCUUCUCCUCUAGUACGCAUUCUGGUGCUGGUACGCCUUUGAUGACUGGGACGGCCUCAACUGCGAGUCGGGGCGGUUAUGCAGCUUCCGAGGGCACCUCAUCUGCCGCGAACUCCUCGCCGCGGGCUGAAGGCGAGGUGGGUGUCCCUAAGUUUCUUGUUCGACAUGACGCAUACUAA